UAUACUUAAAAUACCCUAUUUAGUUUAUUUAGUUAAACUAACAACACAUAACAUAGCAAACUAAUCAAUAUUUGCUACGCUACUACCAUCAAUUUCUAUUAGCGACUUUCCCUUAUCUACCGGAGUCGCAGCCUCAACCCACAGACGACAAUUUCAAAGGGAGGCAAAAUACACAUCAUUUUAUAAAUAAGUUUCGGAACCACACAACCAUUUUGUUAUAUCUUAUCUUCAUUUUACUCACAAACUAAUAUUUCCCACACUCUUAAAUCUAGUGUUUUAUCAUUUAGCAUAAUUCAUAUAUACUCGUAUCAAUCAUGAAAGUCACUAUCAGAUUAUCUACUGAAUCUUCUUAUACUAUAACUAUCCCGGAUAACUCAACCGUAGAGGAUUUAAGAAAUUCUGCUAAAGUUGGAUGUCCGAUUUCUGCUAAAUUACCUUCUGAUUUUAAACUUAUUUAUAAUGGUGUUAAAUUAGCUCCUUACUAUAAACCUUUAUCGACAUUUAAUAUAACACCAUCAUCUCCAAUAACAGUCAUCCUUAUGAGUAAUGGUUCAGAUACUCCAACAAAUUUAACUCCUCAAUCUUCACAUGUUGAUAUCACUACUGAAACUGCCAAUACUUCAACUGUUUCUACAACUGUUGGUGUUAAAAAGACCAAGAAGAAGAAUAAGUGCUCUUUCAAAUCUUGUACUUCUGCUCCUUUAAGAAUGGUAGGUGCUUGUAGUCAUUGUCAAGGAACAUUCUGUGCCAAACAUCGUCUUUUAGAAGACCAUUUAUGUCAAGGUUUACAAUUCUGUAAAGAUAAUGCUCAUGAAAGAAAUGCCAUGAAGUUACAGAGCGAAAGUACAAUCACAAGUAGAGUAUAGAUUUAAAUUACAUCUUUUUUGGUCAUAGGUCAUAUUUUAAUCAGUUUCCAACUUCAUCCAUUCAACUACUUUGCACUCCUUACUAUUUGCUACUCCACCUUAAAGUUCAGGUUUAAUAUUUAACUCUAAUUUAUUUGUUUGUUUUUAAUUUUAAUCCUCAGCCAUGAUGCCAUGCUAAUGAUUUUCCAUUCACUUUCUACAAGUUAUAUAUAAUCAUAUAAUUUUUCCAU